AUGAUUGACGCAAAUGAAACAUCAGUUACGGAAUUUAUUCUUUUAGGAUUUUCUGGCAUUAAAAAUAUAAAGCUUCUUUUGUUUGGUGUAUUUUUGUUUAUUUAUAUUAUCACUUUCUCAGGAAAUAUUGUUAUUGUUACUGUUGUUUACGUCAACCUACAACUGCAUACACCAAUGUAUUUCUAUUUAGUUAACUUGUCAUUUUUGGAGAUUUUUUACACCACUAAUAUUAUUCCUAGGAUGUUAUUUAACAUAAUGACAGAUAACAAUAUUGUGUCUUUCUUAGAAUGCAUUGCCCAGUUAUAUUUUUUUGGUUCUCUGGGUUCAACUGAAUGCUUUCUUUUGGGAGUGAUGGCCUAUGACAGAUAUCUUGCUAUUUGCAAUCCAUUAAGGUAUAUGAGUAUAAUGAGCAAAAAGGCUUGUGUUUGUAUGUCAUUAAUUGUCUGGACAUUUGGAUUUUCAAGUUCUGCUUUUCAUUCAUUGAGCACUUUAUGGUUGUCCUUUUGUGGUCCAAAAGAAAUCAAUCAUUUUUUCUGUGAAGUUCCACAAGUUCUAGCACUAUCCUGCACAGAUACAACACUAAACAAACAAGUACUUAUAGCUACAGAUCUUGUAUUAGGACUCAUUUGUAUUAUUCUUAUUUUUAUAUCCUAUAUGUUUAUAAUUGCUGCUAUAUUAAAUAUCCGAUCAAGGGAAGGAAAAAAGAAAGCAUUUUCUACCUGUGCUUCUCAUCUUGCUGUUGUGCUUUUAUUUUAUGGAACAUUAAUUUUUGCUUACUUUAAACCAUCAGAAGAAUCAAACAAUAUGGACAAAGAAAUUGCUGUGUUUUACACAGUUGUCAUACCAUUGUUGAACCCUAUUUUGUACAGUUUAAGAAACAAAGAGGUAAAAGCGUCUGUUGAAAAGAUGAUUUUAAGAAAAAUUAUGUUGAGCAUUAAAUCCAACUCUGUAUUAUCAAGUUAG